ACGUUAAGAACCAAACAACCGAGCAAGUGAACCAAGUCAAAAUAUUAUCAUUGAUGAAGAAUGUAGAAUUUUCUCUGCAUCUACAAGAAAGAAGAGAUCCUCCAAGUAUUUUGAGAACGACUGAACCACAGCUAAACUUGAGAUAUUACGUCAGUUAUAUUGGCGGUGCUGGGAGGUGUUGGCUGUGAUUACUUGUGCUCCCAGAAACCAUCGACUGGUAACCUAAAUAUGGAUGACAGUCUCAUUAAAAAGGCUGUAUUGCAUCCUGGCCAAGGAACGAAUGACUACAGUGAUGGAACCAAGGUGACAUUCCAUAUCAAGACAGAAACAUGUGAAGAAUGUCCACAUUUGAUAGACAAUAGUCAUCAAUGGAAAGAACCAGUGGAACUGCUCCUUGGAAAGAAGUUCAAACUGGAAGUGUUAGAAGCAUGCAUUCGCACAAUGCUGCCUGGAGAGGUGGCAUCUUUUGCUGUUGAUAAGUCGUUACUUGCACCAUAUCCACUUGUUUCUAAAACCUUACGAGAAGCUUAUGGCAAAACCAAAGUUGACAAGGACAAGAAGCCUCAUCAUUGCUGUGGGAUGGGAUUUAAAGAAGGACUCGGUUAUCCAGACUUGGAUGAGCUAGUUAAAACACCUAAGAAUUUGAAAAUCACUCUUGAGUUAGUAAAGGUGGCAGGGGCAGGCUCAUAUGAAAAGGAGUUUUGGGCAAUGACUGAGAAUGAGCGAAUUGAGAGUAUUCCAGCCUUAAAGGAACAGGGUAAUGCCUUUUAUAAGGCUGGGGACCAUGAAGCUGCCAGUAAGAAAUAUUCUGAAGCUCUCGGCAGACUGGAACAGCUCAUGUUAAGAGAAAAACCUGGUGAUGAAGAAUGGGUGAAACUUAAUGAGAUGAAAAUGCCUCUUCUCCUGAACUUUUCUCAGUGUCAACUUUUACAAGGGGAAUAUUAUUCUGUCAUAGAGCACUGUACCACAGUGUUGGAGAAAGAUCCAGAUAAUGUGAAAGCGCUGUAUCGUCGUGGGCGAGCAUACGUUGAGGUCUUCAGUCCUGUUGAAGCUCGAAAAGACUUGGAAAAAGCUGUCAACCUGGACAACAGUGUUGCUCCUGGCUGUCGCAAGUUACUUACUCAUCUUGCAAAAAUGGAAUCAGAAAAGACUAUGCAGGAUAGGAAUGCAUACAGUAAACUGUUUAGCUCAUCUUAAUGUCUCCCUUUUUAAUAUAUUACUAUACACUACUUAUAUUUAAUACAAAUAUUGAUUACAGAUGCAUAGUCACAUACUGUAUCAAACUACUGUUUGGCAUAAAGUUAAAGAAGAUUGUAUUGAAUUGUAAAUAAUAUUCAUUCAGUAGAUUUUCUCAAAUCUUUGACUAUGAUAUGUAUAUGCAUUAGCCUGUAAAUAUAUACAAAUGCCUAUACUACAAUGCUUAUAUGUAAAUGAAAAUUUGAAUACUUUUCACAUUGAUGAACUUUAUCUUCUUUUUCUAUGGCAGUACUGUAUGAACAUCAAGGUAACAAAAUUCCAAUUGGCUGAAUUUCAUAAACCCAAAAUGGUACACAUUCACUUUUAAAAGGGAACUACUGUUGGCACACUUAUUUAAUGACAAGAGGGAAAAUAUGUAAAAAAAAAAAUUCCUUGUGAAGAAAAAUCCGUUUAAUUGAAACCCUACAUGAUUUAGGACUUAGGUUAAGGUCCAUUAAGGUAAAGGGCCACUCAGUUUUAGGGCUUAUAUCUACGUCCUUGAAAUGUUUUAAAUUCUUGCUCUUCUCUGUGGGCCCUAAAACAAUAAAUAAACAUGUUGAAAUGUCUGGCAUCCACACCCGCACAUAUUCACCACUCUAGACAGGCAUAUGUCCACCUCCCCCUUUCCUCCACCCCCCUCCUCCCUACAGGGUAAGCCUGCUGAUGCUGAACCUGUCCUGAACUCUUCCUUGGCAAGCCCUGUGUCUCUUCCCAGCCCUGCCACACUGCUGCCUGCCUCUCACCACACACGUUGACCAUGCCACCCCACAGGACAUCUACAAACACGCGCCCUUGCUCGCUGCAGACAAGGAUGAGGCCGUGGUUGCCGCCCUGGUGCCAGAGUGCCUGAUGAAGACUGGCAGUGGAUUAGCGGUGAUACUUUUGUGCCUUCUCUCCAUUCCUCUGAAAACACUGCUUCAGGAGUACAGACUGACUUGGUGAAUAAUGACAGCAGGGAAGUAAGUUUUUUCCUGCUUUUCUUUACUCUCGACGUUGUUCAAUACCUAGCAGACCAGACUAACAUGUUCUAUGUAUUUUUUUUGGCUGGCAUGGUGCUGUUGUCCCACUCACAUCAACUCCAGGGAACAUCAUUGGAUAUUUUUUAAAUGUACUCAUUCCUGGCUUUGGUGAUGUUAAUGGGGCUAUUGAAAAAGCUGUUUUUUUUUUUUUCUAAAAACCAUUUUUGUGAUAAAGGCCAGAAUGCGACAUCUAGCUUUGUACCUGCAUGUGUAUAUGCCUUGCAUUAACUCGCUAAGCCAACAUACAGGCAAUUAAAACGUCUAAUAAUUACUAAAGUACAUAAUAUUAGGAGGACACGUCGCUACCUGGCAUUUAAUUGCAAUUCUCAAAACCCCUUCCUGCACCCGCUAGCACACGCAUCACUGUCGUCAUCUUUUGCCCAAGAGCGAACAGUAAACAAAUGUCAACUCUCGAGGGGUGGAGAUGGGUGGUAUGUCGAGGUCGCAUUCUGGCAUUUAUCUCAAAAACUGGUUUUUUUUAGAAAAAUAACGUCUUUUUGUUCAAUCCAGAAUGCGACGUCUAGCUUUGAUUACCCUGGCAGGAGGCGGGCAGGGAGGUGACACUGCAUAUAAGGCUUCAUUAGCUUAGGUCCAGAUAAUAAUUAUAAACCUGUUGGGAAUAUUUUCCUUAAUAGGAAACAUUUACCGGAAGGUAAAAUUUUAAGGUACAUAUCCCAUGUCAGGAUUCUCACUUUAUUCUGGUGAGGAAGAAGAAAUUCCUGGUUGUGGAGAUGGCCUAGGUGGAGGAUUGGACCCCAGUACUACCACAUGUGGAGCAUCUUUAAGAGAAAGAUGAAGAAAGCUGUUUUGAAAGGUUUUUGAAUAUUUCUAAAAGCCCACUUCUUUGAUCUGACCAAGGCUCAUAUUACGCAGGAGGGCCAUAGACCCUUCAUAUUUCCUGGUGUCAUGUGCCAAAAAUAUCUUGCCAGGGUCUGCUUGACACACUAACUGAGAUAAAUAUUUUGUCAUUUGAUAGGAGACAAUUUCUUAGGAGACAAUUUCUUAACAUCCUGUGAUGAGAAUACAAUGGGGUUUCGAUUAUGGAAUCUGGUUAACCACUCUUGAAGGUUCUUAACUGGGCACAACAUAUGAGGAACCCUUGUCUCAUCCAUUAGCCAUUUUAUCCGGAUAGGUUGAGCUUGAAAAUCCUCCCUUUCAUUUUUUUCUUAGAAUCUCCAUAGGAAAUAGAGUGACAUCUUCCUCAGAAAAUACCAAUAAUGAUGGAUUCUUGGAAAUUGAAACCAGCUCACUGAAUCUCAUACCUGUUGCUAUUGGUAGAAGGAAGGCUGCCUUCUGGAGCAAUCUGUCCCGGGUCGGAUUUAUAUUGUAGUUAGGCCCCCAUACGAAAGUUAGUAACUUUAUCUAGUGACCAAGGUGGGAUUCUCUUAGGCCGAGGGGGUCUCUGAAUGAAAAAGGACGAUCUGAGUAUUUGAUAAAUUCUGGGGUUCAAAGUAAUGUUAAAAUCCCAUGCCAGAGGAUCAAGCAAUGUUGAUAUAUAAGAUGCAAUUGUAGAGCAUUGAAGGCUUUUAACUCUGAACAGAAAAUCCAAAAAUUCUAACACCACUGUCUCCGACAAUGUGUCUGGAGCAGUUAACCCUUUCACCGCGUGGCUCGACUUUAUUCACAUUUUUAUGCUUGUCCUUCACCGUGUAAAUCGACUUUAGUCCACGUUCGGAAAAAAAAAUUAUGUUAACGUGCAACUCGACUACAGUCCUUCAGGGUUUGAAUUACAUGCCAGCCCAGUAGAUACUGUCACUUAGCGGCGACUGGGACAAGCUGAAGCUCCCGCCAUCAACAUACGAAGAGCCAACAUUGCUGCUCGUGUUUUUCACCCAGUUUCCCCAUUUUUAUGACUAAUAACUGUUUACAGUAUAUUAUAUAUAUAUAAUGUUAGUAUUUACUCUAUAGAUUCAAUACUAGCACUUGGAGUGUGAUAAUCAUUAAAUUAGAAGAGAAAUGAAAAAGGUAAUUU